AUGACUUUAAUAAAUUUUAAAGAAAGAAUUCAAAUUUUGUUAAAGUUAAAAGAAUCAUUAAUACCACAAAUUGACGGGAAAUUUACAAAAGACUGGGAAAUAGAGGCACUAAAUUAUCAAAACACAAGUGAAAAUAUAAUGAUUGAAUUAAAAAAUGUAAAUUUUAUACAAGGGUUAGUUAAUGCUAUUUCAUCCCAAUUAUCUUAUUUGCGAAUAAAUUUGCAAAAUUACGAAAAUAUGUCAGAACAGGAAAAAGAUAAAUUUAAAAGGUUGUAUGUUUUGGGAGCCCUUGGCUUAAUUGCUAAAUUAAAACUUAUCUUAUUUUUUUUUACAUAUAUUAAUUCAGUAGAUCAUAAUAAAAAUAUUAAAAAUGUUCCAAUAAUUAAUGAAAAUACAUAUAAUAAUUUAGAACAAUAUAAUAGUGAAAAUUCUUAUGAAGAUAAAAUGAAUUUACAAAACAAUAUUUCCGAAAAUUGUAUAAAUAAUGAGGAUACUAAAAUAAAUUCUUUAUUUAGCAGUUUGGAAGAAUAUUAUUCUCUAUUCCAUAAUUGUUCAGAUGAUUAUAAAGAAAAUGUUUUUAAUGUAAUGACUCAUAAUAAUUUAGUUAAUUAUAAUACGCAAAUGAAUAAUGAUAAAAAUUUAAGUGAGAAGGAUUACAGCGAUCAAAAUGUAAACAUGUACGAUAGUAGUAGCAACGUGGACAGUGACAGUAUUGGUAAUAACAACAUCAAUCUUGGAAACAUCAAUCAUGGAAAUAUUAACCAUGGUAAUAUUAACCAUGGAAAUAUUAACCAUGGAAAUAUUAACCAUGGAAAUAUUAACCAUGGAAAUAUUAACCAUGGAAAUAUUAACCAUGGAAAUAUUAACCAUGGUAAUAUUAGCCGUGGAAAUAAUAGCCAUAACAUUAACAAUAGCAGCAUGAACCAUAGUAAUUUAAAACAUAACAAUAUAAAUCAUAACAUUAUUAACCAUAAUAGUAUUACUCAUAACAGUAUUAACCAUAACAGUUUUAACCAUAAUAAUAUUAACCAUAACAGUGUUAACCAUAAUAAUAUUAACCAUAAUAAUAUUAACCAUAAUAAUAUUAACCAUAAUAAUAUUAACCAUAAUAAUAUUAACCUUAAUAGUAUUAACCAUAGCAGUAUUAACCAUAGCAGUAUUAACCAUAGCAGUAUUAACCAUAGCAGUAUUAACCACAGUAACAUGAAUGGCAAUAUUAAUAAUGGCAAUAUUAAUAAUGGUAAUACUAAUAAUGGUAAUAAUAAUAAUGACAAUAUUAAUAAUGGCAAUAAUAAUAUUGGCAAUAAUAAUAUUGGCAAGAAUUACAAUUCGCAUUUUAUGAACAGUUCAGCAGAUCAAGCCCCAAAUAUGAUGAACAAUUUUUCGGCGGAAAAAAAUGAAAAUUUACAAAAUACACCCGUAGGAGCAUCAAAAAAAAGAUCAUUACAAUUACCUCGAAGUCAAAACAAAACAACGAAUUUCUUAACAAAUUCACAAACAUUAAAUGGAAUGAAAAGUAAUCAAAACGACCAUAACCAUAUACCUUAUUAUAAUGAGCAGUUAAAUAAUGAAACACAAAUAUUUUUACAACAAAAUCAAGGUCAAUAUUCUAAGUAUUUAAAUAAUAUACGUCAAAAUAUUAACUCGAAUAACAAUGAAAAUUCUGCACUACCUAAUGGUAAUGCAAAUUUAAAUUCUUAUUACGAAUAUAACAAUGACAACGAUCAGGACAGAAAUAUUUUGCAAGCAUACAAUAAUAAAAUUUAUGGCAUAAGUGAUAAUGUGUAUAAAAAUAGUUAUUAUUUGUAA